AUCUCCCCCUCCUGGCAGGUCGGAGCGGGGACGCGGUGGCCCUGGACGCUGGGAGUGGGCCCGCGCCGAGACGGAGGGAGGGGCCGCGCCGCCUUCGAGAGUCAUUGGAGGACGCGACCGCCCGAAGCUGAUAAAUAAGGGGACGGGCCGCGGCUGCCAGCCAAGUUGGACGCCCGACCCGUGCGAGGGCCAGGUCAGCGCCUGCCCGGCGAGGCGAAACGAGGGGACCCCCCGUGCGGCCAUGGCCUCGCUGUUGGGAGCUUACCCGUGGCCCGAGGGGCUCGAGUGCCCGGCCCUGGAAGCCGAGCUGUCGGAUGGGCUGUCUCCACCGGCCGCCCCCCGCCCUCCGGGGGACAAGGGCUCGGAGAGCCGCAUCCGGAGGCCCAUGAACGCCUUCAUGGUGUGGGCCAAGGACGAGAGGAAACGUCUGGCCGUGCAGAACCCGGACCUGCAUAACGCCGAGCUCAGCAAGAUGCUGGGAAAGUCGUGGAAGGCGCUGACGCUGUCCCAGAAGAGGCCCUACGUGGACGAGGCGGAGCGGCUGCGCCUGCAGCACAUGCAGGACUACCCCAACUACAAGUACCGCCCUCGCAGGAAGAAGCAGGCCAAGCGCCUCUGCAAGCGCGUGGACGCAGGCUUCCUCCUGAGCUCCCUCUCCCGAGACCAGAACGCUCUGCCCGAGAAGCGCGGCGGCGGCCGGGGGACGCUAGGAGAGAAGGAGGACAGCGGUGAGUACUCCGCGGGCUCCGCCCUGCCCAGCCUGCGGGGCUGCUACCACGAAGGGCCGGCUGGCGGCGGCGGCACCCCUGGCAGCGUGGACACCUACCCCUACGGGCUGCCCACGCCCCCGGAAAUGUCGCCCCUGGACGUGCUGGAGCCGGAGCAGACCUUCUUCUCCUCUCCCUGCCAGGAGGAGCAUGCGCACUCCCGCCGCAUCCCCCACCUGCCGGGGCCCCCUUACUCACCGGAGUACGCCCCCAACCCCCUCCACUGCGGUCACCCCCUGGGCUCCCUGGCCCUUGGCCAGUCCCCAGGCGUCUCUAUGAUGUCCACUGUACCCGCCUGUCCCCCGUCUCCUGCCUAUUACUCCCCUACCACCUACCACCCUCUCCACUCCAACCUCCACGCCCACCUGGGCCAGCUCUCCCCUCCUCCCGAGCACCCCGGUUUUGAUGCCCUGGAUCAGCUGAGCCAGGUGGAACUCCUGGGGGACAUGGAUCGCAAUGAGUUCGACCAGUACUUGAACACUCCUGGCCACCCAGACUCUGCUGCGGGGGCUGUGGCUCUCAAUGGGCAUGCCCCGGUCUCCCAGGUGACAUCGACAGGCCCCACAGAGACCAGCCUUAUCUCCGUACUGGCUGAUGCCACGGCCACGUACUACAACAGCUACAGCGUGUCAUAGAGUCCGGGGCAGCCAGCCCAGCCCUGCCUCGCCGCAGCCCUCUCCUUCCCGCGCACUGAGCAGAGCCGAUGGCGCCGCGCUAGCAGCUUUCCUCCAGCCGCCGGGUGUGCAGGUCUGACCUGUCCUCGGGGCAGAACGGGGCUCUGCGGAUCUGAGCGCCCCUUCACUCCCGGCAGCCUGCAUUUUGAGGGUAUUCCUUCAAAUGGGUUCUCAUUGACUGCACCCGGGGAAUAAGGCAAGUUAGUUGCUGAAAGAUGGUUUCCCGGUAGAUUUUCCUUUCCUUCUCCAGGUCCCCGUCACGUAAACAAAUGUGUGAAAUCCCAGCGGCUUUCAUACAUCUCCAGCUUCUGACACAGCCGCAUGGGGCACAGCCGUCCUGAUCUAUGGGUCCUCCCGGUGAGGAGAUCCCUGAGCUGGGAUCCAGGCGACCCCCGCUCCAGUCCCAGUUCUUCCUGGGAGGGUUAGUUCCCACUCGUCUCUCUUCCCCUUCCAGCCCCUCAACCCCCCCUCCCAAUCUAGGAAGUGGGGCACAGACUUGAUAUCUAAGGCCGCUUCCGCUCCAAGGUUUUCUGAUCUAGGAUUGUUUCAAAGCUAAUUAAAAGGAAAACGAAGUUUGACUUAUUAAGUUCAUUGACGGCCAACCUGGUGAUAAUUCUGUGUGCAUAGCCCAAGAACACGUGGCUUUCUGUGCUUGCACUGCCUUUCAAAAUGAUCACAGUCUUUCAAAAGGACUCCUCCGACUUGAGAAACAACACCCAUCUUGAUUUGGAAAAUUAACCACUAGGGUUGCCUGCGUCACCGAAAAUAGGAUUGAAUUCAAGCUAUUGUUUUUUAAACAUAUUUUGAAAGAUAAAUUAUUUUUUAUUACACACACACUUCAAGAGAAUAUACACAGCCUGAAUAUAUAGUGUUUGUGGGACACGUACAACACACACACUUUCAUGCACACCCUUAAAUGCAUGUCUGUGCAGCCUAAAUCAGAUACUCUUGUUGAUGUUGGCAACUUCUUGUCAACUCCCUGUUCCUAAUGACCCAAAGAGCUGGGAACCUACAGAGCAAUGUCACUUACCUCCAAUCUAGAUAUGUUGAUUUCUUGAGCGAAAUUUCAUCAUACUCUCCCCCUCUGCAGGUGCAAAAGGAAUUUCCUUCUCCCUGUCUCUGAGUCCCCUUCUUCCUUUCCUGGAUUUCUUUUUCUCUUCUUCACUGUUCUUCCUCCACCCCUGAAUUGGCCAUGAAUUCAAAGAUCCCCUGAUUUAAAAAUCCUAAGCAUGAUUCCUAUGGCUGCGGUGGGAGUUUGGUCUCCUCACCAGCCAGCUGGUUCUUGGUAACACCUUCAGCCAACACUUCAAAACGACUUCCUUCACUAUACUUACUUCCCAAAGAACAGAAACACACUGUGAUCCACAAAAUGUUUCUGAGCCCUGACCCCACCCCAAAAACAUUUUCAUCCUUUUCUCAAAACUCCUUUGAAGGAACAUAACUAGCAACAAGCAAGAAGACAGUUGUCUGUCUUUUAAUUGCAGCAUAUUAUUAUUGCCUGUAUGAAAUAUGUAAGUGUUUUAUAUAUUCUCCUAUUUUAAGCUUAUAUUUUAUAUUGUUGAGAGAUCCUUUGUUUUCUUCCAAGGAGUCCUACUGUAAAAUUACUUAUAAGAUAUAAUUAAUCUUUAUGCUAUUGCUGUAUAUACAUUUGGUAAUAAAUAGUAAAUCAUUGACAAUAUGAUUGGCUGGUGCAGUCCAGAAUGUAUAUUAAUAAUCUUGUAAAACAUUAUCACAGACGUUAAGCUAAACUGUUCCCCCCCUCCCUUUUUUUUUUAGUAAGAACUACACAUGCUUUGGAACGGUUGUAGAUAUUGAUCUGUCUAAAAUAUUUAAUUUAAAUAAAUGUUUUUGUACCAUGA